AAAUGACCCCAGCGACAGUAGCAUCAAGUCUUAGUAAAAAGUCUUAGUUCGAUCCAAAUACUAAACUGGGCGUAAAGUAGAGACAGACCAUGAAAUACGACGAAGUUUUGGAGGUUAUUGGCGAGUUUGGAGCUUACCAGAAGUGGAUGCUGUUCCUAGUGUGUUUACCCGUCAUACCUAUCGCCAUGCAGUCCAUGAUAACAGUUUACAUACUGGCCUCUCCCAACCACAGAUGCGCCUUGCCAGGUUUUGAGAAUGACACGUACUUGAUACAAGAUGAAUACCAUUUUAAAGCCGUGAAUGCAGCCAUUCCAUCUUUCAGCCGAAAUGGCUUCUCACAAUGUAAUUUUUACAAUCACACAGCGUCUGAAGACGACACAGAGGCAGUUCAAUCAAAAGACUUGGCCUCCAAUGGCCGCAAGUUGAACACAAGCCUGCAGAGUUGUGACACUUGGGUGUACGACAGAUCGUCCUUUGAGGAGACUUUGGUUUCUAAAUUUAAUAUGGUUUGUGCCCAAAGUUUGAGACAGUCUCACAGCCAAAUGGUCUACAUGUUAGGAAGUUUGUUCGGCACCUUUAUAUUUGGACCAUUGGGAGACAUAUACGGGCGUAAGAUUAUUCUAAUCAGCUCAUUGUUGGUGUAUGCCGUCUCGAGCACAUGCAUAGCUUUCAUAGAGACGUUCUUACUCCUGGGUAUUGCACUCUUCAUGGAUGGCGCUAGCUGCACUGCCUUUUACAAUGUCCUGUACGUUUUAGGCAAGUCUUUGAUACAGUUUAUAAUAGAUUGA